GCGGUGACGGUGUCGCGCGCGCGCUCGGGUGGGAAAGAGAAGCACCGUGAGGGCCGGGGCGGGCCGGGCGGUGGGCACGACGGGCAACUACGAUGGCUACGGCGGCGGGCGGCGGCGGGCCGGGGGCGACGGCAGGCAGCGCAGGCACGGGUGGCACGACUGCUGCCGCGGGCCUGGCCGUUUAUCGACGGAAGGACGGGGGUCCGGCUAGCAAGUUUUGGGAGAGCCCGGAGACCGUGUCCCAGCUGGACUCGGUGCGGGUCUGGCUGGGCAAGCACUACAAGAAGUAUGUUCAUGCUGAUGCUCCUACCAAUAAAACGCUGGCUGGACUGGUGGUGCAGCUUCUACAGUUUCAGGAAGAUGCCUUUGGGAAGCAUGUCACUAAUCCGGCCUUUACCAAACUCCCUGCAAAAUGCUUCAUGGAUUUCAAAGCUGGGGGCACCUUGUGUCAUAUUCUUGGGGCUGCUUACAAGUAUAAAAACGAACAGGGAUGGCGGAGGUUUGAUUUACAAAAUCCGUCCCGAAUGGAUCGAAAUGUUGAAAUGUUUAUGAAUAUUGAAAAAACAUUGGUGCAGAACAAUUGUCUGACCAGACCCAACAUCUACCUCAUUCCAGACAUUGAUCUUAAGUUGGCUAACAAGUUGAAAGAUAUCAUCAAGCGGCAUCAGGGUACAUAUACUGAUGAGAAGUCAAAAGCUUCCCACCACAUAUAUCCAUAUCCUUCCUCACAAGAGGAUGAAGAUUGGUUGAGACCAGUGACGAGAAAGGAUAAGCAGGUGCUAGUGCAUUGGGGCUUUUAUCCAGACAGCUAUGAUACUUGGGUGCACAGCAGUGAUGUUGAUGCUGAAAUCGAAGAACCACCAAUUCCAGAAAAACCAUGGAAGGUUCAUGUGAAAUGGAUUUUGGACACUGACGUUUUUAAUGAGUGGAUGAAUGAGGAAGAUUAUGAGGUGGAUGAGAACAGGAAGCCUGUGAGUUUUCGGCAGCGAAUUUCAACAAAGAAUGAAGAGCCUGUCCGAAGUCCAGAGAGAAGAGAUAGAAAAGCAGCAGCUAAUGCUCGAAAGAGGAAGCAUUCACCUUCUCCUCCCCCUCCAACACCCACAGAAUCACGAAAAAAAAGUGGGAAAAAAGGCCAAGCUAGUCUUUAUGGGAAGCGUAGAAGUCAGAAAGAGGAAGAAGAGCAAGAAGAUCUUACCAAGGACAUGGAAGACCCAACACCUGUUCCCAACAUAGAGGAAGUGGUACUUCCCAAAAAUGUAAACCCAAAGAAAGAUAGUGAAAAUACACCUGUGAAAGGAGGAACUGUCGCAGAUCUUGAUGAGCAGGAUGAAGAAACAGUCACAACAGGAGGAAAGGAAGAUGAAGAUCCUAGCAAAGGUGAUCAGAGUCGGUCUGUUGACCCUGGUGAAGAUAACGUGACAGAGCAGACCAAUCACAUUAUAAUUCCAAGCUAUGCAUCAUGGUUUGAUUAUAAUUGUAUUCAUGUGAUUGAACGCCGUGCUCUUCCUGAGUUUUUCAAUGGGAAAAAUAAAUCCAAGACUCCAGAAAUAUACCUGGCAUAUCGAAAUUUCAUGAUUGAUACUUAUCGUCUAAAUCCCCAAGAGUAUUUAACCAGCACUGCCUGUCGGAGGAACUUGACUGGAGAUGUGUGUGCUGUGAUGAGGGUCCAUGCCUUUUUAGAGCAAUGGGGGCUUGUCAAUUAUCAAGUAGAUCCUGAAAGUCGACCCAUGGCAAUGGGACCUCCUCCUACUCCUCAUUUCAAUGUGUUAGCUGAUACUCCGUCUGGUCUUGUGCCUCUUCACCUUCGAUCACCUCAGAUCCCUGCUGCUCAGCAGAUGUUAAAUUUUCCUGAGAAGAACAAGGAAAAACCAAUUGAUUUACAAAACUUUGGUCUUCGUACUGACAUUUACUCUAAGAAAACCUUAGCAAAGAGUAAAGGUGCUAGUGCUGGGAGAGAGUGGACUGAACAGGAAACCCUUCUUCUCCUUGAGGCCCUAGAGAUGUACAAGGAUGAUUGGAAUAAAGUGUCAGAACAUGUUGGAAGUCGUACUCAGGAUGAAUGCAUCCUCCACUUUUUGAGGCUUCCCAUUGAGGACCCAUACCUUGAGAAUUCAGAUGCUUCACUUGGUCCUUUGGCCUACCAGCCUGUCCCCUUCAGUCAGUCGGGAAACCCAGUCAUGAGCACUGUUGCUUUCUUGGCCUCUGUGGUGGACCCACGAGUGGCGUCUGCUGCAGCGAAAGCGGCUUUGGAGGAAUUUUCUCGAGUCCGGGAGGAGGUACCACUGGAAUUGGUUGAAGCUCAUGUCAAAAAAGUACAAGAUGCAGCACGAGCCUCCGGGAAGGUGGAUCCGACCUAUGGUUUGGAGAGCAGCUGUAUUGCAGGCACGGGACCCGAUGAGCCAGAGAAGCUGGAUGGAGCUGAAGAGGAAAAAAUGGAAACAGAUACUGAUGGGCAGCAAACUGAAAAGACAGAAAACAAAGUUGAAAAUGAAAUGAGUGACAGUGAUAAAGGACAAGAUGGAGAAAAUGAAAAAAUAAGUGAGAAGGAACAGAAUAAUGAUGUUAGUGAAGAUAUUAAAUCAGAAGAAAAGGAGACUGAAGAGAACAAGGAACUCACUGAUACAUGCAAAGAAAGAGAAAGUGAUACUGGGAAAAAGAAAGUAGAACAUGAAAUUUCUGAAGGAAAUGUAGCCACAGCCGCAGCAGCUGCUCUUGCCUCCGCUGCAACCAAAGCCAAGCACCUGGCUGCUGUGGAGGAAAGAAAGAUCAAGUCCUUGGUAGCGCUCCUGGUUGAAACACAAAUGAAGAAACUAGAGAUCAAACUUCGACAUUUUGAAGAGCUAGAAACAAUCAUGGACAGAGAGAAAGAAGCUCUUGAACAACAGAGGCAGCAGUUGCUUACUGAACGUCAGAACUUCCACAUGGAACAGCUGAAAUAUGCUGAAUUACGAGCCCGACAGCAAAUGGAACAGCAGCAGCAUGGACAGAAUCCUCAAGCACACCAGCAUUCAGGAGGACCUGGCCUAGCCCCACUUGGAGCAGCAGGGCACCCUGGCAUGAUGCCUCAUCAGCAGCCUCCGCCAUACCCUCUAAUGCACCACCAGAUGCCGUUACCUCAUCCACCCCAGCCAGGUCAGAUACCGGGCCCAAGUUCCAUGAUGCCUGGGCAGCCCAUGCCAGGCCGCAUGAUUCCCAGCGUUGCAGCCAACAUCCAUCCCUCUGGGGGUGGCCCUACACCUCCUGGUAUGCCUCCAAUGCCUGGAAACAUCUUAGGACCACGGGUACCCCUCACAGCACCUAAUGGCAUGUAUCCCCCUCCACCACAGCAGCAGUUGCCGCCGCCACCACCAGCCACAGAUGGGGUUCCUCCACCUCCUGCUCCAGGCCCACCAGCUUCUGCUGCUCCAUAGCCUGGAAGAUGAAGCGAAUGGUCAUGCCUAGCACCACCAGCUGGAGUGGGGAUGACAAGACUUAAUCCUCCUCAGCUCCUUUGGGUCACUUCAGGAUUUUUCUUCUUGCAACCCCAAGCACGUAUCCCUUGUCUCCCAUGUCUCCCCAUUCCUCUUUCCCUAAGCCCCCUCCAUGUUCUUACACCUUUUGUGUCAGGCCCUCAGCCAGCUCUCAAGGAGAAGACUGUGGUGGCAGUGUUCCCUAAUCAUUCUAAAAGUAACUGGCAUCUCCCCUGCCGGGUGGGGGUGAAAGUGGGAGGGUAGGUUGCCAGUCUAUGUGGGUUCUGUCAACAUUAGUAUAUCUUUAUAUGAUUUUGCUCUUUUGCAGUAUUUUCCUUUGUCUUUUGCUUCUUUUGACAAUGCUUUUUCCAAUCACCACCCCCUCCUCCCAUUGUCAUUAUUGUUUUAAAAGAGAGCAUCCUAAUAGGAACCAAAAAUAAUGGUGAUGGGCAGGGGAAUAGUCACAGGGGACAAACUUUAAAGCAUUAUAAGUGACCUUAUUUCUGCUUCACUGAGCUCAGAAUGGUGCUAAUGGUGAGGUCUCCUGAGACAUUUGCCAUGCUCAGAUGCACCAAAAUUAUAAGAGAUGGGGAAGGGGAGGCCCCACUGAUUUAGUGCCCUUGUGAGGGUCUCCACCUUGCCUAGCAGAACAUACUUCUGUAGCUAGUAUAUGACUGGGGAGAGCACAAACAUUAGAACAUAUCCACUCCUUCCCCAGAUCCAUUGGUUCUGGUUUUCUAUGCAGAUGAUUUGUUAGACUGGGGGUGGGUCUUUUGUUUUUCUGAGGGCAUUGUGAACUUUGAAGGUUGUAAGUUGGGAAGGUAUGCCUUAGUCCCCUAGACUAGCCAGGAAAGGUUUAGGUGAGUCUAGAGCAAUGGCCACCCAAUGAGUCUAGCCUGUUAUUCACUGCUUUGUAUGAAUUUCCUUUUCUCCUGCUUUAAAAAA